UUGUAAUUACAAUUUGGUUUAGCGAACAGCCAAGGCUGUUAUUUUACAACUGUCCAGGAUUUCAUGUUCUACAAAUGAAGCUUUCGGUUCAACAGACAACAUCAAGCUGGCUGUUGCUUAGAUGCUAUUUGAGAGCCAACUGCAGUAGCAGCUGCCUCUUUGCUUCUCUGAGCUUGAACCAUCCCAAGCAAUCAUGUCUAUCGCGCACACCGCUGGCGAGUACAUGCUCUCGGAUGCUUUGCUUCCAGACCCUAAAGGCUCCAGGGCUAAAGGACUUCGCUUGGAGUUAUCGUGCGACCGCAUUGUGAAGUUUGUCACAGUGGGCUUACCUCUCUUCCUGGUGUCCCUGGCAUUUGCACGGGAAUUUUCCGCUGGCUCUCAAAUCAGCUGCUUCUCUCCUGGCAACUUCACAGGGAAGCAGUCUGCCUAUGUUGACGCCGUGUGCUGGGAUUCCUUGCUUCACUAUGAAUUAGGUCCUACAGGAGACUCAAGAUCCAGUUUCCUCUGGGUCCUCAAGGUCUUUCCAUAUUCGUUGCUGGUUAUUGCAGUUGUCAUGUACCUACCCUACCUGCUCUGGAGAUACGCUGCUGCCCCGUCUCUUAACUGUGACCUCUUCUUCAUCAUUGAUGAACUGGAUAAAUCCUACAACCGUUCCAUCCGCUUGGUGCAGCAUAUGGUGAAACUGCAGCAGACGGGCACUGAUCCUGAGGAAUUAUGGGAGGAAUAUGACAAGGCUCGUAGCGAACGCUAUUUUGAGUUCCCUCUGUUGGAGAGAUACCUCACUUGCAAGCAGCGCUCCUACUACCUUGUCAGCAUCUACGUGCUGAGGAACCUCCUCCUCCUGUUUCUCCUGGCUGUCACUUGUCUCUACUUGGGAUAUUGCCAUGCACGUGUAUUUUUCAAAGAUGAGUUCAGCUGCCCAAUAAAGACGGGACUCCUAAAAGACGAGCCUCACAUCCCGGACGUCAUUCCUUGCAAACUGGUUUUCUUCUCCGUUUUUCAGCUGACCAGCAUCUGCAUUGGAGGGGUAUACGUCCUCCUGGGGCCAGUUAUAAUCUACCACUUGCUUCAGCUGUGCCAGUGGGACAAGCGACUUUUGGCCAUUUAUGAGAUGCUCCCAGCUUUCGACCUGCUCAGCAGGAAGAUGCUGACCUGCCCUCUAAAUGACCUAAAUAUCAUACUGCUGUUCCUGCGAGCCAAUAUCUCUGAAGUCAAGUCCUUCAGCAGGCUGAGUGUGUUGUGCACCCUGAGGGAUGUCACUGCAGACAAGGAAAACAUUGACACUGUAGUAGAUUUCAUGACCCUCCUUGCAGGCCUGGAGAUGUCCAAGCCUAAACACCAUUUCUGCUCAUCAGGCACGGAUGGAAACCCACCUCAUUCCAACAGUGAAUUUGUGGAAAUAAAGCCUACCUAUGAAGCUAAAGAAAAUUGCAACAGCACGCCAUCUUUGACCCCAGUUUGACUCGAAGGAGCAGCAGUCAGCAAAACGAACUGGACAAGUGAACAGUGCUGGAGUGCAGAAGAGGACAGCCAAACAACCCAGUACUAAAUGCUGGACUGGUACAGCAGUCUAAAAACACUGUCCUAACUUGUUUACUGGCUACCAAAUCCAUAGCAUUUAAUGUUAAAAAAUUGAGAGAAAAGGUAA